ACUGCCCUUUGAAGUGAAUUUCGGUACUUGACCCCAUUGGAUGAAAACCGGGAGUCCUAUGGGCUUUUUGGUGGCUUGAUCCUUUUUUUGUAUCCUAAUUGCCACGUUAGUACUCGGUUAACUUCCUUCACACUGGUUUGAGCUCACGGUGAAGCGCGAGGAUAAAGCAGUGGGCAGAGAUAAAGGUUUUUGCACGUUUGUACAUUUUAAGCAAUUUGCACAAGGAACCGCACGCCUCUCUUAUCACCGGUGUGAAGUCGUGGAUUGUCUGCUUUUCCAGACUGAAGCAGAGGAGUCGAAACCAGACGCUUUUAAGAUCAUCUGAAGGGCAGUUAUUUAGUUGGUCAACACAUCCAUUAUCCCUGGGUUCAGUGUGUGAACAGCACUGAAUCCAGCGAGUGUCUCUAGCAGCAACCAAUCAACGGGUAAUAUUGGAGAUGAAACCUGAUGGGGUGGCCACAUCACCAUCUGAACCAAUGGAAACUGAAGGAACGGAACACAUAACGGAACCAACCGGCAGUGACGGGGCAUCUCAAAAUGGCACUACACCAUCACCACCACAACCCGAUGAACCCCAAAAUGAGCAAGCAGCUCCUCCAACUGUGAAGGAAGCUCCUGGGAAAGCAGUAGAUGCUAAAACCAAACCAAAAGGCCCAGUCAAAGGCAAGACUACAGCUGCAGGCCCAGCAACCACUGGACCAGGCACACGACCCAAAGCAACCCAAAGCCGUGUGGCUAAUGGUCUCACAAAGACUGCAGCAAGUACCCCAACCAAGAAACCCAUUCCAGCUUCCACUAAUGCUGCAGACAAGAAAAAACCCACCACUAAUGUUGGACCUUCUGGUCCCAGUAAGAAACCUGUGAGCUCUUCUGCUGUUUCAACCUCAAGGGCCCAAUCUAAAGUAACGACUGUUGGAACUAGCAGAUCAACAACAACAACAACUGCUGCCAGUGGAACAAAGACAGGAACAGCUGUCAGCACAGCCACCAGCCUGAGUAGAAGACCUGCCACCGGUGCCACAAGUGCUGCAACCAAACCCAGAACCACAGCUCCAGCUCCAAGGCCAGCCACUGCCCCUUCUGCCAAACCCAGCACUUCAGCCACAGCCAAAACCACUGCAGUUCCCAAAACUAACAGGGCAACUGGAAGUUCUGCCCCACGACCAACUGCUAUAUCUGCUACAGGAAGAACGGUAACCAGUACAACUGCUUCUACUGCUGCAGUUACUAGGACAAGCCGCACUGCUACACAACAGCCUGUUAAACCCUUGGUUACAGCAUCAGCUGCUCGGAAAGAUGUUGGAAAAACAAGCACUACAGCACCUGCAAAAAGAACAGUUGCCUCAACAAUAUCUCGUCCUGCUUCCAACAAGCCUUCAAAUCCAGAGGCUCCAAAGCCAGCUGCAGCAACUAAACGACCUCCAUCUAGCAUCAAAGCGCCUCAACCCAAACCAGAUGACAAAAAAAGCGUACCAACACGUAAGGUGCCCCCUAGUCCACGAAACAAUCCCUCACGGCCAGCAUCAGGCAAGAAUGCUGCCGCGUCUCCUAGUCACAAACAAGCAGCUAGCGUGGUUGGUGUGAAGCUUCAGCCUUCUAAACCAACACAGUCUGUUUUGCCCCUUGUCAAAGGAAAGCCCGAUGAUAAACAAUCUGCAGCAAAGCCUGAUGAUAAAGAACCUGCAGCAGAGUCUGUGCAACUUUCAGCAGCUGCUGUAGCUACUGUUGCUGUAGCAACAGCUGCUGCCAUAGCCAGGGAAGAGUCUGUUUCAGGGCCUGAAGUUACUCCAACUGUCGAGAGCUCUCUGGAUGCACCAACCUCCUCUUUAGAUGUGCUGGAAAACUUAGAUGUGCAGGUCCCUAAUGUAAACUCCCAAAGUGUGCUGGAUAUUUCUAAUACAGAGCCAGAAGCUCAGGAGGCCUUAAUAGAAACUAUUCCUGUUGAAGUGGCUUGUCCGACAUCAUCUGCGGUCGAUCAGGAAUCUGAAGAGCAUGUGUCUGGCAAAGUUGAUGAAAAGCUUAUUAUGGCUGUGGCACCAAUUGCGCAGGAAGCAACUGAGCAGGAAACCUUGACUUCUUCACCAGUUAAUAACUCUGUUGCUACUUUAGUGUCCUCAGGUGUAGAGGUGGCGGAAAAAGCUGAGCCGAUUAACAGUGACUGUUAUGAAGAUGUGGAAGAAGAAGAAAGGGAAGGCAGUCAGCAAGUAUCUCUGUCAGAAAUGAGUGGCACCCAGCCUACCGAAGAGUCUCGACCUGGGUCAGCCGGGCUUGCUGGGUCAGUUUGGCGGGCAGGGGCCUUGCUUUCAGAGCUUGACUCUGAGGAUGUGAGUUGCAGCCAGCAGGGAGCAUCAGAGCUCAGUGCUCCAGGUGUCCUAGAGGGCACGGAAAGCAUGGAUGAUCUAGGUGAUGCAAGCCUUAAAGGAGCUGAUGGUGAAGGUGCAUCUGUUGGGUCCCCUGACUUUGAGAAGGUUCCUGAUAUUCUUGCUAACGAAGAUGAUGAUGAUGAGGAUGAUAAUGAUGAUGAUGAUCGAGUUUGUGACAUGGAGGUAGGGUCAGAAAGAGCAGAGGACUCUCAUGGGCAGCAUCAUGACAAUGAGGAUGAUGAAGAGGAUGAAGAUGUAGAAAUGGCAAGUGAGGGCAUUACUGAGAGUGGGCUUGAAAGUUAUGGGAAUGCAGAUGAGGAUGACUUGACCGAAGACUACAGAUUAGACAACUUGAACCGAAUCCAGCCUCCUCCCAUGGUUCCCUCUGCUCCUCCGGCAACCCAGUGGAACCAGUCUAGUUGCUUUGCUGAUGCCUGGGCCCAGCCACCACAACCUGCCUUUACUCUUCUCUCAAGUCCUUCCUCUGAAUGUUGGCAAGCAGACCCAGAAACCCCAACACAAACACCUGCUCAAGCUAGACUUGAUGUUAGCUCUGAAAGGGGCUCUUCCCCUCUACCACCAAACCUUUUUGAGCCUCCAACUUGCUCACCUCAACAAUCCCCACUAACUGCUGCAGAGGGAGAUGUUAGCCCCAAACCAGGCUUGACACCCUCUCAAACCUGCAAAUUCCAGUCUGGUACCUCCAGUGACCCUGAACUAGCAUCUGAUAGUAACAGAGACACAAGUAUACCAGAGGAGGUAGAAGAUUGCAACAAGUUCACCGGUACUGAAACUCAUUCUAAAGAGGAGCUGCAACCAGAACCGCUAAACCCUAUCCCCACUGUCCUGCCUGACAUCAUGCAGGACCUAGGCAUCCACCUUGAACAUGCUGAUGAGGAAGAUGAACCAGAAACUCUGCCAGCUGAUGAUGUACUGGGUGGUCCAGCAACUGCUCCAUCAUCUCCUUCAUCAGCUACUGAGGAUGAGGCAAGUGACACAGAAGGUGAAAUGCAGAUCAGUGAACCUCAAGCUGAGCUACCUGGCACUGGGAAUGCCUAUGGAACUGCGCCUGUGGGCCACAAUUUGACCAGUUUGGAGGAGCGUGAAGAAAUGGGCGGGGAGAAUGAAGCUGGUGGUGGUAGUGAGACCCCUCAGUCUGCCACUUCUGCUGCAUCCUAUGGCUUUGACUACAUGACCUCUAACUCCAAUGCCCAGUCAUCUGCUGAGAGUUGCAGCAAGAGCCCUGGCAUCUUUUCUCUUGAAAAUGAAGAGCAGCUCUCAGAUGAGGCCAAGGAUCCAUCUCUUCUUAAAGAGUUGAUCAUGAUACCUACUACUCCAUCUGGGGGAAAGAUUGAUAAUAUCAAAAGCCAACAUGGGGAGUUCCAGUCCCACCCAGAACAACAGUACAUGCUGUGUGGAGAGUCCAGGGAGCUGCCUGAGCCUGAUUCAGUACCGGGAGCUGUACCCUUACAGUCAGGUUUGACUGACCCUUCGUCCCGACAGCACCUAGAAGAAGAGCAAGAUCUUGACACUCCACAUCCUUACUACUCCACUAUAUGCGAAAAGACUGAUAGUCCCCUGGCAGAAAGGAACUUCUGCUUUCCACCACAACCAAAUGACUUGCUUUCCAUCCAAAUGACGAUGUCAUCCAAACUUCGUCUCCGGCCACGUGCUGCCCAUGUGACCCAACCACCACGACUGCCCACUGACCUCCCACCCAGAAUACCAAAUGCGGCGUCAAACACACAGCUUCGAUGUCUAGAGCAACACCAACAGCACCUUCAUGAGAUCCAGCAACGACAGGAGAAACGUAAUCGAGAGCAAGAGAGACAAGAAGCAAGAGAAGAAAAACAAGUGAGGAAUGAAAGAGAGGAGCAGGAGGAGGAACAGAGGAGAAAUUUACUUGAGUUGCAACUUAAGCAGCAGGAGCAAGAACUGAAGCAGCGACAACAGAUCAUGCAGUGGCAACAAGAACUUGAACAGCAGCAGCAGCAGCAAAAACACAAGGUGCAUACACCAGUCGUCCUCUCUCCUUCAUCAGGACUCUCCACCAUCUAUGAAACUCUGGAAGCAAGUGACACAGAAGAUGAACAGGAGGAGGAGGGACAAAGAGUGGUUGAGGAAGUAGAAGAUAAAACAUCUUUUAAUGUGUGCCCUGGAGAAGACAUGCAAAGAUGCACUGAAAAAAAUGACUCUGCUGAUCUUUAUUCACAAUACUCAACACCUUUCCCAAAGUCUACUACUCAAGAUCCACAGCAAGAACUUCAGGACACUGACCCUGCAUCACACCAAGACAGUCCUUCUCCCUUAGGAUUUUCUGAGCAACCUCCACCUUUGGAAUUUGACUGGAGCAAGAAGGUGGACAUUGUUCACCAGCUCAUCAAUCAGACAUUAAUGCUUGCAGGUGAUGGUUGCUCGCCCCUUUUUCUGCUACCUGGAGGUGCAGGUGGGACACUCAGCCCCCUCGAAAGCAGCCUGUGGCCCAACUUGUUGCCACCUUUGACACCCCCUUCAGCCACCGUCACGUCUGUGAGCAGUUUCUCACCUGAGGUUCCAGGCAGCUCUGCUCAAGGUGAGUGGACUGUGGUAGAGCUGGAGACACAUCACUGAGGAAAGUUGAAUUGGAAGCUUCCAAAAUAUGAACUUCUGGACUCCAAAAAAACUUAAGAUGAAGGUCCACCAAUAGAGAAGCGCAUGUUGUAGCAUUAGAUAACGGACCCUUGUCUUGAUAGUCUUACGGAGGAUGUAGUCACGGAUUGGACAAGUUGAUUCAGUUCUGCAGUAUUUCAGCUAGUGUUUGAGUAGAAAAUUGGGUAAAAAUGAAACUGAUACAUGCAGAACAGUGUGCUGGACUAUCAUAAUUUUGCUCUUUGAUUUGUCUUCAUCCUGAGAGUUAUUCUAGUGCAGUGAGCUUUCAUUUCAACUCCCCACCCAAAAGCAAUGGAAAACUACAGUCCAUAUUUUUAUGCUACUGAUACAGCCUCCCUGCCAAAUUGAUCAGCCAUAUCUGACCUGCCCCCAUGCCAUUUCCAUAAGGUUUAAUGGAGAUGGCUGGCUUGGACUACAUACAUUUAUCUCAUUAUUGAGCCCUCUACCCACAAUGGAGGCAAGAUGCCAACUCAGUGACUGAGCAAGUUAAAAGAAAAUGGGCUCCUUUCUCUGGCUUCUCUGAGCAAAAGAUCUGUGAAAAAGAUGAGGUAAAUUGAAACAUGCAGGUUUCAAAUUCAGAUCAAGCAGGUGUUUUUUUUUCUUUUCUUUUUUCUUGCUCUAUGCUGAUUACAAAAGACAAAUGGUUUAAUUCAGCUCUUGUGCAAUUGAAUAGCACAAAAUGUUAUCGAACAACCCCUUUUCUGUGCGUUAAUUAAAUCUACUGGUUGACACACGAUUUGCAGGAUUAACUAGAGGUAUUUUGAAGGCAAUUUCACUCGACAACUUCAGUUGCUCCAAAUUGCAAUGUUUGAUUGCAAGUUCAAUUACAGAUUUUUAAAAGAAUGCACAGCUACACAAAAUUUCUAAACCGAUCUUGGGGGGGCUCAAAGACUGUUUUUGGUCUAAUCCUUAUGAAGAGUGACACAUGAAAAUUUGUGACCUACAGUUAUGAUUUGGCUUUUGUUUGUUUUCUGAACUAUAUGCACUGCUGUAACAUUUUAUAAAUAGCUGACACCAGAACCUUUGCCAUUCUAGAUUUUAAUGUGUUACAGAAAUAUUGUAAUUAUAUUAUGAGAUGACAACUGUGCAGCUACAUCAAAUAAUCUAUACUGUGAACCUUCUGAACACUGUGCCUCCCUUACCUGUCCGAUCUUUGAAUGACUAUCUAUUUGAGGAACAAGGAGCAGCUCUCAUAACCACACUCAUGCAGUUUAAAUAAGGUUUUCUGGUUUGCUGUGCCUCAGAAUGACUCCCACCUUUAGAGAGCUGGAAGUGCUAAAUUAGCACUCUCAUACACUGUCACAAUAGUCUACCAAGUGUUUACUGUCCCUCCUUGGGGUCAAAUUGUUUAGUCUCAUCUAGUAUGAAUGAGAAAAAUUGUCUUUUUGAAGUGUUCUGCACUGAUCUGUCUCUAUGUAUUUCUCUGCAUCUUAUCUCUGUGUUAAAGUCUGGGGGAAAAAAUGAAUUAUUGGAACAAAGAAUUCCAAAGAAUCCAGUGGGUCACAUGAGUAGGCCUAAUAUGUUCACCCAAAUUUAACGUGUAAUUAGAUUAGACAGAUGUUAUACAUUAAUUGAUGUUUGUGUGUCUGUCGAGGAGUUUUGUUUGUCACAUAUCUGAUUGAAUGGAUUGACUGAACUUGGAAAUUGGUGAUUGCCCAGAGAAAUGUUAAAGCACAAUUUGAUUGUUGGAGCUUAUCUCGCCUAUAUUAUCUGUUUUGUUGUUUGUGAAGGUACAUGUAUAUUAUUUUUAAAAAGGGAAAAUGUUUAAAGUCCAUUUACUGUAUUAUGAAGAGAGAUUAUGAAGAGGUUUUAUUUCAUUUGUGCUAUAAUGGUGUACUGCCUGUUUGUCCAGUGCUGUGAGGUAGUGGUUAUAUAAUAGUAGAUUAUAUAUAGUACUGUUUUUGACACUGUAAUUGCAGAAGAAUUGUUACUACUACUUUUUUUUUUUUUUAUUUAAAAAAAUAUAUCAAAGGAACCACUUUGCUUUUUAAUCAGGGAACACAGGGAUUCCAGGUAGAUUGACUUACACUGUAUUUUGGCUGAACUACUGUUGUAUAACUUGACAUAUCACUUUACAAAAAUGUACAGGGAAAGCUACUGUAUAAAGACACAAACCAGCAGUAAAAAUAAUGCACUGAAAAUGACUCUCUAGCUCUGACUGGGCUGAUUUACAAUAAGAAAAAUGAAGGAAUACAACAUUAUUCAUAAUGCUCUGCCCUCUACACUGAUAUUUAUGAGGUUUUCCAUCAGCAAAGACAUAACUGCAUCUGUGUGGAACAUUUUCCUACUUUUAUGUAUAUUUUUGUAAUUUAUUAUUUUGAAAGGAAGCUUUGUUUUAUUUCUUUGUUUUAUAGAGAAAAGUAGGCAGUGGGCCAAGACUGCCAGCAGGUUUUAUUUCUGGACUUUGUAACAGAUUACUUGGACGCCCACUGUAUUUUAAUGUUUUCAUGAAAAAUAAAGUUGGUUUGACAUUUAA